UAAUCUCAUAUUUCGUAUUAAGCAUGGCUCGAGUAUUAUCUGGAAUCUCAAACACGGCAACACUCCUUACAUUAGCCGUUGCCAUCUAGAAAAGGGCAAAAUGGCAUGGAAAAGAGGAAGUUCACUCGUACUAUAGCGAUUUGGCAUUUUAUACCUUCCUUGUCCGCACAAAAAUAUCUGCACACCACCUCAUUCUUCGUCUUCUUCCCGCUUCCACUGACAACACACCCCCCCUAUUUCGUGUUCAGUGAAUCAGAUUUCUCCAUUAAUCGGCUGCUCCAUCGUGCUUACCACAACUGGAGAUCCUGCCGUUGGCUGAGGCUCCAAGCUUUUAGCUGAUGGCAGAAAUAAAGGAGCCCCUCCUUUCCAGGAAACCUGCAUCUGCUGCAAACCUUAGAGAGGUAUCAUAUCAUCCAUCCGGUUCUGGGCGCCCACCCUUUCAAGGAAUGGAUGUUUUGGGAUUGAAGAAGCGAGGACAAAGCAGUCGGUCAUGGAUCCGGGUUGAUACUUCUGGGAACUCCGGGGUAAUAGAAGUUGACAAGUUCACAAUGAUGCGUCGCUGUGAUCUCCCUGCCCGUGAUUUACGAUUGCUUGAUCCGCUAUUUGUGUAUCCAUCUACGAUCCUUGGUCGAGAGAAGGCCAUAGUUGUUAAUCUGGAGCAGAUUCGUUGUAUUAUCACAGCUGAUGAGGUUCUUCUUUUGAAUUCCCUUGAUAGCUACGUAUUGCAGUAUGUCGUAGAGCUACAGAGACGAUUAAGGACCACUGGUGCUGGUGAAGGUUGGCAGUCUGAAGAUGCUAUGACCCGGAUGAGAGGCGGUAGAAGCUUUGACACCUCAUCACCUGACUAUCUACCCUUUGAGUUUAAAGCACUGGAAGUUGCUUUGGAGGCUGCUUGCUCAUUCCUUGACUCUCAGGCAUCUGAACUAGAGAUUGAAGCAUAUCCAUUGCUUGACGAACUAACAUCAAAGAUCAGUACUUUAAAUUUAGAACGUGUGCGUCGAUUGAAAAGCAGACUUGUUGCUUUAACUCGGAGAGUCCAGAAGGUUAGGGAUGAGAUAGAGCAGCUGAUGGAUGAUGAUGGGGAUAUGGCAGAAAUGUAUCUUACAGAGAAGAAGUCACGAAUGGAAAUGUCAAUGUAUGGUGAACAAUCAAUCUUAGGAUUGAGAUCAAAUGAUGGUGCAGUGUCCAUCUCUGCUCCUGUUUCUCCUGUCUCCUCUGCCCUAGAUUCACGAAGACUAGAGAAAAGUUUCAGCGUAUCAAGAAGCCGUCUUGGAAGCAUGAGAAGUUCAGAAAGUGCUACAGAGAGUAUAGAAGAACUGGAAAUGUUGUUGGAAGCGUAUUUUGUGGUCAUUGACAGCACCUAUAACAAGCUUACAUCGCUGAAGGAGUACAUUGAGGAUACUGAAGAUUUCAUUAACAUUCAGCUGGAUAAUGUUCGAAACCAACUGAUCCAGUUUGAGCUGCUGCUAACUACUGCAACUUUUGUUGUUGCCAUAUUUGGAGUGGUAGCAGGAAUUUUUGGCAUGAAUUUUGAAAUUGAAUUGUUUAAUUAUCCUGAUGCGUUUAAAUGGACGCUACUCAUUACAGGAACGACUGGGCUUGUUAUAUUUGGUUCAUUCUUAUGGUUCUUCAGAUACAAAAGGCUGAUGCCGUUGUAAAUGCCUCUCAUACAAGAUGAAAACAAUUACACUCCAAAGCAAUUCUUUGCGAUUAGGUCUCAUCAGCAGUAUUUUUUGUUGGGCCAAAUACAACAAUACUCCAGAUGUAGCUAUCAUAUUCUUCAUUUUUGACAUAUACCAGCAGUCCUGAUUGAAUAUCUUGUAAAUUACGCCUGCAUCCCUAAAUGUCACUUUUAUUUUGGUUAAACUCAUUACUUUGAUCGUCUCUCACUUGAUUGAAAUUCAGCAGAUUGGAAAUAAGAUCGGAGGGAAUAUUUAUUAUACACCCACCUUAAAUAAGA